UAAAAAGAGACUCUUCAGAACAGUGGCGCCUGCAAAUCGCGAGAGAGAGAUGGAUCUGAUUCAAUCAUACGACGGAGAAGCCGUCUCUUCCCCGGAAUCUUCACCUCCCCGUAUGCUAAAGGCGAAAUCCUCGGCGCCGGAGGUAGACGACACGGCGCUCGCUCUCACGGUGUCCAACGCGGACCAAUCGAGAUCGAACCCGAUCAACCCGACGCAGCACGCCGUGGUGUUCAACCCAACCUACGAGCAGCUCUGGGCCCCGAUCUACGGCCCGGCCCAUCCCUACGCGAAAGACGGGAUCGCCCAGGGGAUGCGGAACCACAAGCUAGGGUUCGUGGAGGACGCCUCGAUCGGUUCCUUCGUCUUCGACGAGCAGUACAGCACUUUCCAGAAGUACGGCUACGCGGCGGAUCCCUCCGGUACGAACUACGUCGGCGACGCGGAGGCGCUGAGGCAGAACGAGGGCGUUUCGGUUUACAACAUCAAGCAGAGCGACCAGAAGAGGAGGAAGCUUGAGGAGGGGGAGAAGAAACCGGGGGAGGAGAUCGAGGCGGAGGCUGAGAAUCCGGCGACGGAGGCGUGGCUUUUGAAGAACAGGAAGAGUCCUUGGUCGAGGAAGAAGGAGGUUGUUCAAGGGGAGCUGACUGAGGAGCAGAAGAAGUACGCGGAGGACCACGCCAAGAAGAAGGAAGAGAAGAGCCAACAAGGUGAAGCUAAAGGAGAGCCUUACACGGAUAAGAGCACAUUCCAUGGGAAGGAGGAUAAAGAUUAUCAAGGGAGGUCGUGGAUCGAAGCUCCCAAGGACGCAAAGGCGAACAACGACCAUUGCUACAUCCCUAAGCGUUUGGUUCAUACGUGGAGCGGUCACACGAAAGGUGUUUCCGCUAUUAGGUUCUUCCCAAAGCAUGGGCAUUUGCUUCUCUCUGCAGGUAUGGAUUGCAAGGUCAAGAUUUGGGAUGUGUAUAACUCUGGGAAGUGUAUGAGGACUUACAUGGGUCACGGUAAAGCCGUGAGGGAUAUUUGUUUCUCUAAUGAUGGGACUAAGUUCUUGACUGCUGGGUAUGAUAAGAAUAUUAAGUAUUGGGACACGGAGACUGGGCAGGUUAUAUCGACUUUCUCGACCGGGAAGAUUCCGUAUGUGGUUAAGCUGAACCCUGAUGAUGACAAGCAGAACAUUUUGUUGGCGGGGAUGAGCGAUAAGAAGAUUGUGCAGUGGGAUAUUAACUCCGGGGAGAUUACUCAAGAGUAUGAUCAGCAUUUGGGUGCGGUUAAUACGAUCACGUUUGUGGAUAAUAACAGAAGGUUUGUUACGUCGAGUGAUGAUAAGUCUCUCCGUGUGUGGGAGUUUGGGAUACCGGUGGUUAUCAAGUAUAUUAGUGAGCCUCAUAUGCACUCCAUGCCUGCCAUUUCUGUUCACCCGAAUGGGAAGUGGCUUGCGGCACAGAGUUUGGACAACCAGAUUCUGAUCUACGGUACCAGGGAGAGGUUUCAGCUGAAUAAGAAGAAGCGGUUUGCAGGGCACAUUGUCGCCGGUUAUGCAUGCCAGGUUAAUUUCUCGCCGGAUGGACGGUUUGUAAUGUCGGGAGAUGGUGAGGGUAAGUGUUGGUUUUGGGACUGGAAGAGCUGCAGAGUGUUCAAGACUCUUAAAUGUCACAACGGAGUAUGCAUUGGAGCCGAGUGGCAUCCUCUGGAACAGAGCAAAGUUGCAACUUGUGGCUGGGACGGCUUGAUUAAGUACUGGGACUAAGACAAGAGUCUUGUCACGAAACAGAGGCAUCAAGGAGAAAGAAGUAGUAAUGACGGAUGGUCUAGCCUCGGAUAUACAGAAUGCUCUGCAUCUUUGGGAUACAAAGUCCCUUUUUUUUUUUUGAGUUUCGCUUUCCUCUGUUUUUUAGAUUCUUCAGUGUUGUAACGCUCUCUGUUUAAUGGAUGGUGUAGUCUGUAGAGGGACGACCAAAACAAAUUUCAAAUGCUUUGACUGUAUCUUAUAAAGAUAGCAUCUCAGACUUGAAUAUUCGCAGAAUCUGUGUUAUUUCCACAUGCAUCCUUCUUUUUACAUA